CAGCAAGAUUCCCGCCUCCUCUUCUACCAAACACCCGCCUUGACCACAUCCCACCGCUUCCGCGCCAUCGUUUGCCAUCGCAGGGCCUCUGGUUUCUCCUUAUUUUAUUUUCUUGGUGUCUUCUCGCUUACCUCAUUUAUUCUUUUGUCUCCGACGCUGUCAUUCUUUUCGCCGCUGCCCACCAGCAUCACCGUCACCACCACUACCUCAACGGUAUUCGUCACCAACCUCGCCUGCUCCCGGUUAAUCGAUAGCCCGCCCCAACGCACCAUAAUUCGCCGAAUCGACUGCUUGCCAGCUGCAAGUCUCGUGGCUUCUCCCGAUAGCAUCGUCAUAAAUAUCAAACCUGCUACCCUCGGAAGCCGCCAACAGCCAAACGUCAUACGCCUCGUGCUACCGAUCCCACCGAUCCCAUCAUCCAGGCAUUCUGCAUCACCUGAGAGCUCACAAACACUAUCACGAAAUGCCCCCAUUGCCUUUACAUAUCCAAUAGUCGCCGUAAAAUUAUCAAAGAGCCAACGAGUGGCUGUCAAGCUCAGUACCCGGCCCCUCCGGUACCGCUGCUAGCGAAUCUCGAGCACUGUUUGGGCCCGCGCCGCAGCCUUCCUACAAACUCCGGCUGCGUUAUUUCAUCAAACGCAACAGAAAACACAAAAUGGGUAAUUCCAGCACUAAGGAAUCCCGCGCGGGGGCACAAGAGGGAGGGAGCCCCCGUUCACGGUACGAAGAACCCGACUAUGCCAGAGUACGCAACCGCAUGUCACGCGGCGACAUGGCAACACUGGCCAUGAUGUCAAAUUCCAGCAGAGAUCGAGCCCGACGAGCGCGAGACCCCGAUGCGCCCUUUGAACAUCGUGAGACAAGGGCCGAGCGUGAGGCGAGACGGCUGGAGCGCGAACGCGUGCAACGAGCCAAGGAUCGUGAAGUCAGUUUACGAGAGGAGCACGUUGAUGGCGGCUAUCUAGUCACGCUGGGUACCUAUACUGGCACAGAAGAUUUCAACAAGAGCGUUGUAAGACAGUUGCAGAUUGAACGUCGCCUAGCACCGUUUUGGCGCGGCCUCCCCGACUGGUCCGACAAUUGGGCCGAACACCAGCUUAUUGCUGCUGCUAGAGGGCUUCCCAUACCCGCAGCAGAUGAUCCUCCCGCGCCAGAGCUCGUUCCCCAGCCGCCACCAGCUCGAGACGGGCCGUCAAGCCUAGCCAGCCUUACCGUACCGUUGGGCCCUAGAACCAUGUCGGCCGCUUCGGACAAGAGUGGCUCUGGAAACGCCUCUCCUGCGGCGGGCACUCCUAAGAGCAGCUCAUUUAAGCCCCGCGCCAAGGCUCUUGCACUUGCCCUAGCCGGAUCGUCACGCGAGCAGUCGUCGACGGAUCUUAGCCAGCAAGAAGUCCGCCUCCCACAUGAUCCCUUUGUCAAUGGUCAAGCUAUUGAAGUACAUCUUUAUAAGGACGCCAUGGAUUGCCCCAUCUGCUUCCUCUCCUACCCCCCCUAUCUCAACCAAACCCGCUGCUGCGAUCAACCAAUCUGCACAGAGUGCUUUGUGCAAAUCAAACGAGCGGAUCCCCAUCUUCCUGAGCACCAUCCUGAUGGCCAGGCCAGAGACCCCAAUGAAGGACUCACUGCUGACGAUCCUCCUGAGAUGUUAAUAUCAGAACCCUCCGCUUGCCCGUACUGCCAGCAACCCGAAUUCGGCGUUACAUACGUGAGCCCAACCUUUCGACGCGGCCUCAGCUACGCUGGAGCAGCAUCAGCACAUCUUGGCUCUAGUACACCCAUGUCCUCACAAAGCUCGUUACAUUCGCCAUCCCCUUCGACUCCCCAAGCCCCCCCAGCGCCACAAACCGGUAGACGUCGUGGUCAUAGUUUGUCGGCGACAGCGCCCAACGUGAUUACGACUGACCGAAUUCGACCUGACUGGUCGACAAAACUUGCAGCAGCACGCGCGCAUCAAGCACGCCGUGCUGCUGCAGCCACUGCCUUGCAUACGGCUGCCUUCCUGGUUGGUGGGAGCGAGCAACGAUCGAUCCUUCGACCUGGGCGGUUUGCGCGCCGCCUUACGGGCUCUGGUAGCAAUACGCCUGGGCAGAUUCUUGUUGAUGGCCCUGACCAGGCCGAUGAGAACAAUCAACAAUCCACUGGUUGGAACGCAGACGGUUCAAGACGCACACGUAUGGAUGAGCUGGAAGACAUGAUGAUGAUGGAGGCUGUACGCCUGUCGCUGGCCGCAGAGGAGGAGAGAAAGCGUAAGGAGUCCAAGGCUCUCCGAAAAGAAGCCAAGAAGCAACAGGAGGCGGAUAAGAAGGCUGCGAAGAAGGCUGGUAAAGGUCCAUAUGGUGGCAGUCAUAGCGGCGCUAGUGGUAGCAGCUUGUCUCUUGGCCUCGGACGUCGACGCGGAAACAGUGGUGCUAGCCAUCUCCGAUCAGAAUCCAAUGUUGACGACCCCCCAUCGCCUGAAAACGCCGCGAAGAGCACUGAAGAAGGCCAGAAUCAGGACAAGGGUAAGGCCAUUGCAAUCGAUGCUAAGGUCAAUGCCGGAGAACAACCAACCAUGGCUUCGGGGUCGCUGCCAAUUCCCGUAAGCGCACGUGGAAACUCUCACCUGAGGCAGAUGAGCAAUGCGUCUUCCAUAGGCUCCUCCCUUGCCGAUACACCCGCUGGCAGCUAUUCCGGCCCUGGGUUGGCUGGCCCUGAUGGUUCUAGAAGCCGAGGCGAAGACAGUGAUGGAGAGCAGAUGGAGCCCAUGUUCAACUUCCGCAGCUUGGCAGAGCUGGUUGGGGUCAACAUUGAGGACGGUAGCCCACUCCCACUCAGUGCUGAAGGCUCGACGGCACCCACCUCCCUGACUGCUGUCCAGCAGGAGAUAUCAUCUCAACCAUUGCCUCGCGUCUCUGAAGAGAGCAAAGAGGCAGGCAGCGCUGAACACAUGGAGCUUGCCCCUGUCACCGACAAGAGUGAGGGUAAGGGCGAGCCUGCACGCGCAAGCACAUCUAUUGUUGCAGCAUCAGCCGUCAAGCCUCCUCAUCCAGAGGAGGAGAAACAGCAACAAGCGGAGAAGCUUGCUCCUGUGAGCUUAUCAACAGAGUCUACGCUUACGGCAGAUGCUGCUCAUACCAAGACUUGUGAGCCCACCCAGGUGGCUACGCAAAAGGUUGGAAACUUGACGCUGUCGGUUGACCCACCAGCUUCCAUAUAGAUGCUGCUGGCUGUGGUGUAGGAACAGACUCUUGGUGUUGUGAGAGCCCGUCUGCUUUAUUAUUUUUGGGGGAGGGCGUGUUCUGUAAUGCAUUAUUCUUCUUUAUUUGUUCCAUUAAGCGAAAUAUUUUAUAGUGUAUAGGGUGUAUUUAAUGAAGGAAGAUCCAGCGUUUCUAUGUCAACAGUGUGUAUGCUUAUGACUGGACGCAUACUUGCUAGCUCCAUCAGCGCAAGCUCUAUUCCUUAGUCAUCUCAGCAUGGAAUUUUUCUACCCAUGUGCUGAAUUCGUCAGUUUCAUCUUGCCAGUUCUUGGAGAAGCUCUCGCCUGCGGCAGACGAGUCCGCGAAGCACUGGCUCAUCCCGCUAUCGAUGCCUUCAUUGUCCAGGUCGUAAAAUUGUGUGGCCAAGUCGCUGAAGUUGUCGGGAAGUCUAUCAAGGAUAACGCUGGCAUCGUCGAGGCGUUUAGGAAUAUCUGAAUCUGCUGCUGUAUCCGAGGGUAAAACUUGCAGCAGUUUGCUCAGUCGGCGCUUCGAAAUGGCUUGGUAAAGGUGGAGGGUAAGGCGGAGGCGGCGGAGUGUCGACUCUACGCGAGGCCGGAUGCCAUCGGGGUCGUCCUCGGGUAUUGUCUUUUGUGAAUUCAUCAAAUCGUCGACAAGUUUCUGUGCAUCGUCGAUGUCGUCGUCGUCGUCGUCAUCGCUAAACGCUUCGGAUCUGUCCGUCUCUGCAUCCGGCUCCUGCUCGCUCCAUUCCUUGAGCUCUUCUAGCACGUCUUGUAGUGUAUCGCGCCAUGUAUUGAUUUUCUGGAUAAAGUAGCCGGCUACACCGAUAUUCGCAAGCUUGACAACGUCGUCAGCGGCGGACCAGAGCAAGCCAGUGGACGCAAGAGAGCCCUUUUGCUUAGAGAAGCCCUUUCGGUCUUUCUCGGCCACGACUUGGCCGUUCUUGGGGAUCUUGGACACAAGCUCAACGAUUUCCUUUAGGAGUCGUUGGCAUCGCCAUGCCAUUUCCUUUCGGAAGACAUUGGUAUAGAGAGCCGGGUCGCAUGCCUGGACGGCUGCUGCAAUGGCGGGGACAGGACCUGCUGCAAGCUCACGCACAACAGUGGUGAUGGCCGACGGAGUAAAGGGUUCGUUUAUUAUCAGGAGAGAAAUCUUGGUUGCUUGUGCUUUGGCCAGGUUGGAAGCAUCGCGCGAGAGGGCAACGGCGUCGAGGGUGCUAGUAGAUGUUGUGGCGGCUGUAAAAGUCGAGGAUGGAUUCUUGUAGAUGUCGCCGAGAGUGGUGGCAAGCUGGGAUGUGAUGGCGAGGCAGCUGUCGACUUGGGAAGAAAGAGCGUCAAGCGAGGCCUGGUCUACUACCGGGGCCAUUUUGGGUUUUUGGAGGUUGUGUUGGCUGUGGAAGUGGUUGUUGGUGAAGCUGGGAAUUUUCAAAGUUGAUUUUUUUUUAGGUGGUUGACUCAUGGAGGGGCAACUUCGCUGGCGGGGGUUACCAGCUGCAGCAUGGAGGGGUAUAGCUGCACAGCGUGACCCAAGCAAUAGACUUCACCAGCAUUAAAAUAUUCAUUUAUAAUGCAAAAAUAAAACUGCAAAAAUUUUCUAAUAGGAAAUUUACUUUAUAGUUUCUUAUAAUUUUUUUAUAACGAAAUUGAGCGGUCGUUUUACCAAUGUGACAAGGUGGUCUGUGGUGUGUGUUGGCCUGG